AUGCCUCCCCUCACGUUCAAGGAGGUCCGCCAGCAGCUCUUCGCCAACGCCGCCCUGCUCUUCAACGCCCAUCAUGGAUCUAAGACUCAUUCAAUCGGAACCUUUGACGCCGUCAUCGCCUCAGUCGUGGAUGAUAACGAUGACCUCGUUCGUGCAGCCCUCGUCUUCCAUCCCUCUACCGCUUUCAAGCACGCUCGUGUUGCCUCAAACGGCUUCACACCAGCAGACGCACCUCUCCAGCCUCCUUCAUUCAAGCUGCUCCUGAAAGGUCCGGCUAGGCCGGAGCCGUACGAUGCCGUACACGCGUUGCUCAUGUUAACGGCUCACAUGGUUGCUGAACGAAUCGAGAUGGCUGCAGAACCUUCAUCGUCCGACCCGCAAGCCAAUACGACCACAUCAAACGUACCGAUCCUCACCCGUCAGAGGUCCCGCACUAUCGUUCCGGCGUUGUCAAUCCGCCAGGCCGGCCAAGUGGUUGAGCGCCGCAAUUCCUCCGGAGCUUCCGGCUAUUCACUGCCCUGUACUAAUGGCAAUAGCAACGGGGAUUCCGAUGAAGGCUCCGCUACGGAAGUUGAGCAUAUCCAAGACGAGGAUGACCAGACAUACGCUGGUUUGUAG